GGUCAUAACGAAGUUCCUUUUCCAUCAAACAACUAUAAGGGCAACGAGCACGCUAUAUAAUGGAUAUGAGCGUUUUUAACUUGUGGAUACUCGUUGCCAUCAACAUUGUAUUUUUCUUUGUCGGCACAGUGCUAAAUGUUCUUGUAAUUAUAGUGUUUUGGCGUUCGACAUACUUGCGGAAGAAAUUGUGUUAUUUCAUGAUUAUGGUGUUGUCUUGUUGUGACUUGUUAACUGUGCUAUUGAAUAAUCCUGUUUUGGUAAUCAUCGCUGUACUAUUCAUCAAAAAUAAAGAUAACAUAUUUUCUCAAUCGGAACGUAUUACCCUCGCGAUUGUAUCGAUAACUUUUACGUCUUCAUUUUUGGCUUUGUUAGUCAUGAACAUUGAUCGUUAUUUGUCUGUAUCAAAGCCAUUAUACCACAAGACGAACGUCAGCAAACGAAAACUGCUUUUGCUGUUUAUAGCACUACAAUCAAUAAAUGUCAUCAUAGCUGUAUUACACGCAGAGGAGCUUGCUUAUCCAAGAGAAAUAAAUGCUUUUAUAUUUAUGGUUUUGUUUCUGGCGCCGAUGUUAUUUAUCAAUUAUAAACUCCUGCGGUUGUCAAGAAAAUAUCGCAAGUCUAAUGUGAAAAAUCGUGAGAAGAAGGCAACAUCUACCUUGAAGCAAAUUUCAAUUUGUUUGAUGGCAUUUGCAAGUAUAACUGUUUUUUCCAUUCCUGUGCUCGUGUUCAACGUUUACAACAUGUUUGUAACAGAAAUCAAAUCGACAAACGUUGUCGAACUUUGGCUGCGGACAAUUUUAACAAUGAAUUCGACGUUUAACUGCUUGAUCUUUUUUUGGAAAAACAAAAUUUUACGAACAGAAGCAUUUAAGAUCGUUAAAACUAUACUAGGGGUUCCAUUAAAUGCUUAAUGUGAGCUUAUAGUCUUUUAGUGUCCAAGGAUAUUCUUCAAGAUUAUACAGUAAGAUCCAAUAUUUUGAAAUAUUCUUCCUAUAAAACGUUUUUGUUUGUUUAACGCUAAUUACGUUUCAUACUUAGCCUAUUUGCACAUGUAAAUUUAUUGAAAAUAUUGUAGUAUAAUAAUGCAUGAACCAAUCAAAUUAGUAAACUGUUAUAAAUGAAAAGUUCUUUAUACUUACAAUAAAUGAAAUAUAGACAAAAAAAACUCCACUACUAUAAAAA